UGCAAAUUUUAUCAGACAAGAUGGCGAAGUAAAUCCUGACCAUAGGUCAUCAUAGAUGUUUUGUGAUAAUUGAACUCUUGAACACAACGCUUAUGUCUGAAAAAUCAAUUGGAGGUCCUUAUGAAUCUUCUAGCUACUCUGCCACGGUUGGUGCUAUUUUUCUUUUCAAUCUUCUUGUUGGUGUGGGAAUUCUUGCUCUUCCAUCAGCUAUUGCCAAAGCAGGAGUUAUUGCUGGUGUCCUCUGUCUUGUUACUGUAUCUUUUAUGGCCUUCAUGAGUGCUACCUUUAUGAUUGAAGUGCUUGCAACUGCAAAUGCAUGGCGGAGAACAAAAUCAAUCACAAGAAGAGGAAGUGCGAAAGGAUGCCCCACUCAGAAUGAACUCAUGGGAGAAACUAACAGUAUAAAAGUCAAGACAGAUGUACUGUCUCCCCCUUUGUUUGAAAUUGAACAGAAAUUUGAGAUGGGUUACAUGUCAGAACUGUUCCUUGGCAGUGCAGGAUCUACUUUCUUUUAUGCAGUACUUUGUUUGUAUUUAUAUGGGGAUCUAGCAAUUUAUGCUGUAUCAGUAGCCACAACACUAGAAAAAGCUGCUGGUGCAAGCCAUCAAAUAUCAUACUACUCCUUCCUCUGGGGCUUCAUCAUGUUCAUAGGACCUUUCUGUUUCUUCAAUUUUCAAAAGACUACUUAUCUUCAGUUGUUUACAAUGGUGAUGAGAAACUCUGCCAUGGUGUUAAUGAUUUUACUGACAGUGUUGGACAUUGCUAAUGGGAACAGGGUGCCAACAGAUCAGUUGAUAUUGUGGGAUACAGCAAAGGCUAAAGAGCUCCUUGGCAUGGCAGUGUUUGCCUUUAUGUGCCACCAUUCUCUUCCAUCCGUGAUCCUUCCUCUGACUGACAAGAGAAAAACCUUACAAGUUGUUUUGGUGGACUAUGUCAUAGUCCUUCUGUACAAUGGCAUCAUUGUUUUUUCUGCAGUCCUGAACAAGCCAGCUUCAGCUAUUAGUCAGCUUUAUACAUUGAACUUCAGUGAGCACUCAGUUGCCAUUCUAGCAAAGUUUCUCAGCUUGUAUCCAGUGUUUACACUAAGCAGCAGUUUUCCUUUGAUAUGUAUAACACUGAGGAACAAUUUGAUGGCACUCUUUCCAAUAUCAAAGAAGUUAUUUUUCAGCCAGCAGAUCUUUACACUGAUUGCUCUUAUGCCACCUGUAGUGAUAGCUGUAUUUGUGCACGAUGUUAGUCAACUAGUUGCGUUGACGGGGUCUUUUGCUGGCUUGGCCAUCAUGUUUGUGACUCCAGGGUUACUUGCGCUGUACUCUAGAGACAAGCUGGAUAGAUCUGUUCCCCACUGGAGACAGGUGCAUCAUCACAAGUCGCCUUUCCAACACAAAGCCUGGGUCUACCUCACGUUGGCGUUUGCUGCUUUUGUGCUGAUGACAAGAAUAUUUUGAAAACAUCUGAUUCCUUAGUCUUUCAUUAGUCUUAUUCAUUAGACGCUAUUGAAGGAGUAUAUUUAGGAUGCGUUCAACAAAAUAUUUGGAUCCUUGAUGUUCAGUUAUGUUGGUUAGGAAUCGUCCAUAUUGUAGAAAACAGCCCCUAAAAAAAUAUGUGCGCUGAUUGGUUAAAGAUCGUGUUUCAGCUAAACAAUUAGAUUAUGAGCUCGAGAUUU